AUGGUAUUAGUAAUCAACCAAGCAGAAAACCCCACAGUACAACUGACAGCGGAAUUUGCAGCUCAGACGAGGAAACGAGAGGCAACGAGAGUAGCAGAAGGAAGAGAAGCCCGAUUUCUCCUAUGUCAAAUGUCAGUUUACAGAGAAUAAACUGGAUUAUAUGAAUUUUUCCAUCUGAAUUUGUUGGAAGAUUUUUUUGUUUAACGCACGGAUAUCGUAUUCAUUUUGAAUUGAUCAUCUGUACACACACACACACACACGCUCGACCGACUCACAGGCAGCGUGCGUGGGUAACAUCUACCAUACGAUGGAUGGUAUUCUGUGUCACCGUUGAUCGUUGUGAUUAACUCGAAUCACCGGAGUUGAGUCACUGGAUUGUUUCACGGGGACGUUAUUUCUCGAAACGUAACGUUAGUAGGCUAAUCAACUUGUCAUCGCACUGAACGGGCUUUCCUGUCGUCAUUGUGAAUACGUGAGACAUUGUGAGACGUUCGCCUAUUGUGGCAGAUUUCAUAUUGGAAUAUUUUUUGAACAAAAGUCUUAAGUCUUCACAGUUAAUGUGAAGGUGGAACACUUCAACCUCUAUAUAAUAAUCAGAUUAUGAAGAUUCUGUCUCCUUGCGUCAAUGACGGCUAAAAUGGAAACCCCUUUCUACGACGACGAGGCUCUAGGUGUCCCUCACAACUUCGGACAGCACCAUGCAGAUUACCAACGUUACCAGGGCCACAAGAUGAUGAGUAAGAAGGUGGCACAUAACUUCUCAGGCGGUUCCCACAGCAGCUCUGGCCUGAAACUGUUACAAAACCAGCCGGGGAGCAACUGCAAUAUCAAUCCUAAUAAUCUGGGAGGGAUUAACAGCAACACAAACAGCUCGUUAAUGCCCGGCGGCUUGUCAGAUAUGAAUCUUCUGAAGCUAGCCUCCCCUGACCUCGAGCACCUCAUCAUCCAGUCUAACCAGGGCUUGGUGACGACGUCUCCUGUCCCCAACCCUAACGGAGGUAACCCCUUCAUGUACCGGAACAACGCCACUAACGAACAGGAGGGUUUUGCCGAUGGGUUCGUCAAAGCCCUGGCUGAUCUCCAUAAACAGAACCAGCUGGUCGGAGCUCCCAUGUCCCCCUCCUCCUCUAUGCAAGGCUCCUACCAGAGAAACAUCAUGUCUGCAGGAGACCUGCCCAUCUAUACAAACCUCAGCAGCUACAACCCCAACCACCCCAACCAUGUAUCAUCAUCCUACCCAGGGGGCCAGAUGCCCGGCGGCUACCCAUGCCACGGCCCCCACGGACCCGGAGGCCAGGGGUCGCACCAUCCCCACAACAGAGGUUUGGACGCCCCUCAGACUGUCCCAGAGAUACGCCACCCUUCCGGGGACCCCACCUCCUCCCCUCCCUCCCUCUCUCCCAUCGACCUGGAGACCCAGGAGAGGAUCAAGGCCGAGAGGAAGAAACUACGUAACCGGAUCGCGGCGUCUAAGUGUCGUAAAAGGAAGCUGGAGCGAAUCUCCAGGCUAGAGGAAAAGGUGAAGGUUCUGAAGACCCAGAACUGUGACCUGACCUCCACCGCCUCGGUCCUGAGGGAACAGGUGGCCCAGCUCAAACAGAAAGUCAUGAAUCACGUCACCAACGGCUGCCAAAUAGCAGUCAGCUCAGCAGCCCUGCAGUCCAAGAGCACCGGGGAGAGGGAGAGCACCAGCUGCUGAUCAACGGACUGUACUGUACAGGGAUGAGGAGGGUGGUUUUCUGUUGCUCUGAGUCAGUCCUCUCUGACGGAAUUAGUACCUCUACAAGGUAAAUGAUGGGUGUUGUGAGGGUAAAUAAAGUACGCUAACUACAUGAGUGGUUGGGGAGAAGGGAGAAUCCCACCUCUCUAUGCUAACUACGUGAGAUGUUAGGGGGAAGGGAGAAUCCCACCUCUCUAUGCUAACUACGUGAGAUGUUGGGGACCAGGGAGAAUCCCACCUCU